AUGUUAGAUUUCUCAGAACUUGUUGAUAAGGUAUAUGGUGUGAUGGAAGUUGAUAGAAAAGGGUUGUAUAUUGAUUUUUCUUUGGUAUGGACGGAGAGAUCAGGAAAAAGGUCUCGUGUGCACAUUAAUGAUGAUAAUACUGUUCGGUUCAUUUAUCUUUGUGCUGAUAAAUGGCCAGAAUUGUACCCUGAAAAUGUUGAGAGAAUAUGCCAUGUUUAUGCAAGUACAUCUGGCCAGGAUAUUAGUGCCAGCACUAGUGGUGGUAGAACAGUUGAAGACAAUAAAGAUGAAGAUGGAGAUGAAGAUGAAGAUAAAGAUGAAGAUGAAGAUGAAGAUGGCGGGGGUGUCGAAAGCAGUGAUGAUGAGUACGUCCCAUCGGAUGAGGACUCAGAUGACGACACUGAUUUUGAGUCAUCUUCUUCAGUCCCAUAUGUUUUCGACGACAUCAGUGGAUGGGACAAGACUUUAGAGGAAGUAGAUUGUGAUGGGAUUAAAAUGUGGGAUGGCAAUCCGUUGACGCUAGGCCUUGAUGUACAUUUCACCAACAAGCCUGAGGCACAGGCGGCAGUGGGAGAAUGGAACUUGGCAAACAUUGAUAUGAUCCAGAAAUGUCAGAAUGUUCUACCUCCUAAGCCCAUGAAACUGUAUGAAGAGGCCCGGAAGAAAUCAUUGAGGCAAAAGGUCAACCGGUUUUGCAAGAAAAACCAGAAGUACGAAGUGGUUACAAUAGCACCUGAUAAUCAACAAUGGAAGGCUGAGGAGAAGCAAGUUGUGCUCUAUGUAGAUCGAGAGUGCACUUGCGGAAGGUGGCAGACUUUCAGAUUUCCUUAUUCCCAUGCACCUCGAGUUGCCCGUGGGCUAGGUGACGACCCCUUCCCACUUUUUGAUCCAUGUUACAGUAUGCAUCAAUGGUACCAGCAGUUUCCUGGAGAAUUCAACCCAAUCAUGGAACCAUGGCCAAAGGCAACGUGGCAGAUCAGGCCAGAUAACACUAAACUUGUCCACCAUGCUGGCCGGGGUCGGAAGCGUGUGAAUCGGAAAAAAGGUGUGAUGGAUUAUACAAGCAAAUCUGGCCAGCGAAGACUCCAAACUUGCAGUUUAUGUAAACCACAGGGCCAUAAUGCCAGGGCUUGCCCAUAUGCGAGAGUUUGCGCACGAUGUGGAAGUUUAGAUCAUGAUGCCGUGGAAUGCCCAUUUUCUCAUCCACCUGCUGACAGGACUGUUAUUGAUAAACUUUACGAUCCAUAUGGAAUUCGUGCCAUAGACAUUGGAUCAUCUUCUUCCUCCCAAUGUACCUCAAAGAAGUUACGGCAGGGACCUAGAGACAAUAGUUUGUUGUUCCUCCAAAACGCUCAUAGGUCACAUAAUGUAUUCCAUGGUACACAGUAUGAUAUAGAGAUUUCAGAGCCCAGGCGGAUACCCGGCGACACAUUGCUUCUCACUGUGGGGGAAAUUACUAGCCUGCUCAAGAGGAAGCCGUUUGGAGGAUCCGAUAGGAGAUGGAUACAACAACUAGGGAUAUAUCUCCAGGUUUGGAAUGAUCGCCACGGCAGACUUGUGGGGACUGAUGAUGAUUAUGUUGGCGAGCCUACAGCAGAUCCGGAGUAUCUCUUGUGGUACCAUCAGGCCACAUUGAUGGAGGACGUUCGUAGUCUGAGUAUUAUAGGCCAGCGUACUUUCGACGCGGACUCCUUUGGUUAUGAUCGCUUAGGCGAGAUUGGCCAGGUUGCUGAGCGGGCGUUGUCCGUCAAUGCAACGAAUGUUGUACGUCACGAUCUCGAUAGACAUGUUGAGAGUUUGCUAGAUGGCCAGUCGAUACAUUACACGAGUAACUUUCUUUCGAGUAUGUUCCAGGGUGUUGCGAGUCAGCAUCAGGCUGAUGACCCAGUUGGAGGUGAGCGUGAGAGUAAGGGUGAAGAUGAGGAUGAGGAUGAGGCUGAGGAUGCAGACCAGGAUGAUCAGUUUGAGGGUCAGGGUUAUCAGCGCCAUGAGGAGCAGGGAUCGAGUCAGACUCUAGGGACUCCACCGUUGGCUAUUCAUUCAGGCCGCAAUACUAGCAUUUGGAUGGAUAGAUGGUUGCCGUGCUCAGAAGAUUUUCAAUGUCAUAGUCCCCCCUCAAUCAUACAUCCUUCAUCUCUAGUCUCGGAUCUCAUUGAUCAAUCCACAGGGAAUUGGAAUCAGGAACUCAUCAAUUCCAUUUUCUCUCCAUCUGAAGCUUCCUGUAUUCUCUCGAUGAUGCUUGGUGACGCUCCUACUUCGGAUAAAUGGAUCUGGCACCACUCAACGAAUGGUCGUUUCAGCGUGAAAUCUGUUUACUCAACAUUAAUGGCUUCUCCUAAUUUUUCUGCUGAUUUUCACCCCUCUGUUGCAUUGACUCCUGAAUACACUCUUUUCUGGAAAAAGCUCUGGAAGCUUCGCCUCCCGAAUUGUAUUCUCCAUUUCUUGUGGCGCUGUGCUACAAGCUCCCUCCCAAGCUUAGAAAACCUGGAAAAGAGAGGCUGUUUUCCGGAUCAACAAUGUCCGUUAUGCCACAACACCACUGGAACUACAUCUCAUGUGAUUUUUUGGUGCAGCUACGCGACUCAGGCCUGGAUUGCAGCUGGAAUACGAGACUGUAUUUUGAGAUACCAUGAUCUGCGCUGGGAUUCUUGGGUGAAAAUGGUGAUUCUGAAAUGUGAUCGCAAAGUGGCUGAGGUGUUUGCUGUUAUUUGCAAUUCGCUAUGGUAUGCCAGAAAUGAAUUUCUCUUCGAGAAUAAACAAAUUGCCGCACAUCUCUUAGCCUCCAGGAGUGUUAACAUGCUGAAAGAAUUCCAAAUGGCGAACGGUUCCCUGGAAACUUCAUCCAGUGCCUUACGAUCAUGUCAUUUGAUGCCCCCCAGCUGA